CUGCACUAUGGGACCAUCAUGGGCAGCAGAGCGUGUGUCAAAAUGGCAGCAGCUGCCUGGGCCAGUGGGUUUCUCAGUGCGGUGCUGCACACUGCUAACACAUUUGGAGUAACAUUUUGCCAAGGUAACUCCCUGGGCCAGUUCUUCUGUGAAAUCCCCCAGAUCCUCAAGCUCUCCUGCUCAAACUCCUACCUCAGGGAACUUGGGGUUAUUGUGGUUAGUGCCUGUUUAAUGUUUGGGUGUUUCAUCUUCAUUGUGGUGUCCUAUGUGCAGAUCUUCACUGCUGUGCUGAGGAUCCCCUCUGAGCAGGGACAGCACAAAGCCCUCUCCAUGUGCCUCCCUCACCUGGCUGUGGUCUCCCUGUUUGUCAGCACUAUCAUAUUUGCCAACCUGAAGCCCCCCUCCCUCUCUUCCCCGUCUCUGGAUCUGGUGGUGGCUGUUUUGUACUCGGUGGUGCCUCCAGCCACAGAUGAAGCUGACAGCUCAGGUGGCAGUAUAGACCUCUGCACCCUCCACUUGUCAGCAACUUCCAGGGUAACACAAGUGCAAUUGUCCUCCACCUCCAAGGUGCAAGCACAGGGCAACUGGGAACAAGAUGGAUGGACAGACCAGCUCUCCUCCCUCUGCACUAAAGCCAUGGUGAAUCCUUUUGCCUCUCAAGAACUACAGCUGGUCACUCUGAGUACAGUGGCAGUGCUGAGGAUUUCUGUCCGCAAGAAUACGUCUCAGCUGUGA